AUGACUUUCGGAACCCUUUACUCUAACGCGGAAAAUUCCCGCUCCAUUGGUAUCCUUUCCAUUGCCAAAGAGAAUGGCCUCGAUAUCAAGAUCGAGGAGGUCCAGACUGGUGCUGCUUUCCCAGCUGAACUUGUCUCCAAGAGCCCUUUGAAGAAGAUCCCCUUCUUCGAGCAGGAGGAUUUCUUCCUUUCUGAGUCUCUUGCCAUCGCCAUCUAUGUUACCUCCCAGAACGAGAAGACCACCCUCCUCGGAAAGAGCAAGCAAGAAUAUGCUCAGAUCCUCAGGUGGAUGAGCUUUGGCACCGGCGAGAUUCUUAACACCCUCGCUGCAUGGUUCCGCCCACUCCUUGGGUUUGAGCCAUACAACAAGAAGAACGUUGAUACCAACCAGGCUACUGCCUUGGCUCAGAUUGGCAUCCUCGAGAGCCAUCUCAGCACCAAGACCUACCUCGUUGGCGAGCGUAUCAGCGCUGCUGACUUCUUCCUUGCCGGAAUUGUCUCCAAGGGAUUCAAAUAUGUCUUCGAUGCUCCAUUCCGUGCGAAGUACCCCAACUUCUCUAGAUGGUGGGCUACCAUUGCCAACCACACCUCGUACGCCGGCAAGUUCGAGUUCAUCGAGGAAGCCGUCAAGUACACUCCUCCAGCUAAGGCUCCAAAGGCCGCCCCAGCUCCAAAGGCUGCUCCGGCUCCAAAGGCCGCUCCAGAGCCAGAGGAGGAGGAGGAGGACAAGCCAGCCCCAAAGCCAAAGCAUCCUCUUGAGGCUCUUGGAAGGGCUGAGUUGGUCCUUGAUGACUGGAAGAGACAAUACUCUAACAGCGACACCCGCACUGGUGCCCUCCCAUGGUUCUGGGAACACUACAACCCAGCUGAGUGGUCGUUGUGGAAGAUUGACUACAAGUACCCCGAGGAGUUGACCCAGGUCUUCAUGACCUCCAACUUGAUCGGUGGAUUCUUCAACCGUCUUGAGGCCAGCCGAAAGUACAUCUUCGGAUCCCUCUCCGUUUACGGCGAGAACAACAAGUCCCACGUCACUGGUGCUUUCAUCAUCCGUGGACAGGAGCACCCACCUGCCUUUGAUGUUGCUCCCGACUGGGAGAGCUACAACUUCACCAAGUUGGACCACACCAACGAGGAAGACAAGGCUUUCAUCGGUGAUGCCUGGGCUUGGGAUAAGCCAAUCACCGUUGGUGGUACUGAAUUCCCACACGCUGAUGGCAAGGUCUUCAAGUAA